UGCUCCUAAACUUUUCUUACGUAACACGAUUCGGCGGUCGCACGGCAGUCAGUAAGCCAGCGCUCCGGCCGAUGCUCACGUGGGGGGCGGGUGCUGCGCGCGGGAGUGUGCGCGCGCGACAGAGCCGUAGCCGGACCUGCCGCUGGUUUAGCCGAUCCAUUCAUUGCUCAGCGCUCCAGCAGGCGGUUGCGCGGCGCUGAAAAAGCAGCGAAAUCAAACAAGGAAGGAGGGGACGGCGAGAGAGAAGCGGACCCGAGCCGCCGUAAGUCGGAGUGAUGGAGUUCCCAGUGGAUAUCUUGGCCAUGCUGAGUCACGAGGAGCUCGAGCGAUGCGCAGAGGACUACAUGUCGGACCUUCUCCACAGCAACCCGGAUGAGGCGGAGUCCUUCGCCCUGUCCAACACCAGACAGGUUCCCAUCAGUGUGUCCAACGUGGGCACUGUCCCCAUGUACGGAGCUGACCUCACCCACAAGCUGCUGGCUCUGUUUGCGCCUGAAGACCCCUUCACAGCUGUAGCACUGUACCUGGCUGGGCAGUGGUGGGCUGUGGAAGAUGUCCUCAAAACAGCAGACUGCUCUCGAACGGGGCUCUUGAAGGUGAAGACACUUGGGGAGAGGGUAGUUCUCUAUGUUCUGAACCGCAUUAUGUACCGAGCAAAGGAAAUGAACAAAAAUGAAGUCCCCUUUCUUUGCCAUCAUCACAGUGAUUAUGCCAAAAUCCUCUGGAAAGAUGGUGAAGCUGUUGGCUUUUAUUCAGUCAAACCCAAAGGUAGCUUGUGCAGUAGCUUCUUGACGCAACGCUACAUGCUUCCCGUCAUGGACUCGAUAUUUGUCAGGAAGGCCCAUCGUGGCCAGGGGCACGGCCUGCAGAUUCUGGAGGACUUUGUGGACAGUUUCAAAGAGGACACUCUUGGUUUGAAGUUUCCCCUCUCACAUACCAUGUAUAAAGUAUGUGAACAGUACCUCAGAAAAUAUCCAGCAGACGAGGACUUGCUGUGGGAGGUUGAGGGUGUCGGAGGCCCAUUUCAGAGGUCUGAAAUAGCGAGCAAGAUCAAGUCAAUGUCUACAAGAGUGAAUCAUCAUGCUGCUGUUGAUGCAUCUUUGCAAGACACAGAUGAGAAUGAAACAUUAAUGGAUGAAGAAACAACAACUCCUAGAUCCAUGAUAAUCUCAGAGGAAGUCAUGGAAGACGUGGUUGUCCUCAAACAAGUCAAAGUGACAGAAGAUGUUGAAGCUUCAGUGCAUACAGUUAAUGAGCUCAGACGCAAAAGGCUGAGGGAAGACAGUGAAGACAAAGAAAUUAUUCCAGAGAAGAUUAACAGGGUGGUGGAUGUCAUUAAGGAGCCAGCACUGCAGGUGGAGGAAGAGCAACUGGUCCCAACUGAUGAGGAAGCCUUGGCAGUUGUAACUCCAGAGGUCCAUGCCCAGGAUGAAGCACAAGCUGUGGAGGUGGAGCUAGAACAGAAGGUGGAGCCAGAACAAGUUAAUGGGGAACUCAUCAGCAGCUUGGGGGAGGAGGAGCCUGUCAGCAAUGAGGUUUCGGGGGAUCUGUCUCCAAUAGAGGAGGAAGAGAAGGAAGGCCACAAGGAUGAAAACAUGGAGGAGGAGGCAACCCUGGAGGCUCUGGAGAGCAAGGAUGCUGUAGCUGCAGCUCCUGAAGAACCAGAUGAAGGCCUGACUGAAGAAUUGGAGGAGGCCUCUUCCAUUGUUGAGAAGGAGGUAUCUUCACCAAAAGAGGUGGUCCACUCAUCAAUAGAAGGGAUGUCUUUAUCAGGGGGGAAUGAAGGACCCUUGCAGAUGGAGAACAAAACCCCUUUGACAGCGGAGGACAAGGUCUCUUUGCAGAUAGAUAAAGACCCUGUAUCAGGGGAGGGUGAGGGUGAUGUUUCCUUGAUUACAAGACAAGAAGUUCCUUCACAAGCAGAGGUGUCAAGUGUGUCAGUAGAGGAAGGAGAAGAAAUGGUUAAAGAUGAGGAUGAGCCUGAACCAGAGGCACCUGCCCUGAAGGUACCAGAUGAGAAUGUGGCUGUGCCUUCAGAAAUAAUGCCUGUGGAAGAGGCUGUAAAUGAGGAAUUAACCUCUGGCUCAGAGCCUGUAGAGAUGGUAGAUGGUGCUGCAGAGCCUUGUUCCUCUGUAGAUAGUGCAGAGGAGGAGCAGAUGGUAACUGCUGUGGACAUUGAUCAGGACACCGUGCUGCUUGUGGGCUUGAAGGAGGUGUCCUAUCAGCAGUCAACUGUGAAUGAGAACAAUCAAGAGUCAAUAGAGGAGAUGAAACACAAAGGAGGAAAUGCAUCAGAAAAGGAAGAUGAAACCAAGAGUGAGAAUGAGAUAGAAGACAAUGUUGAGAUAAUGAAAGAGGACACAAAUAAGAAGGAACAGGAGGCAUCUGUCAUGGAACAGGAACCAGAAAGUCCUGAAAAAAGCUCAGAUGAGACAACUGAACCUCCUGUUGUAGAUAUGAGAGUUCUAAGGAGAAAGACUAAGCAAAUUCAACCAAAAUCCAAACGGAAAUCCAAGCGGAAGAAAGGGGUUUACUACAGUGAUGAGGCCAACCAAGCAGAAGCAUCCGAAGAGCCAGAUGAGGAUAAUGAGGAGGAAGCGUUGGAGCCAAAGGUGGAAACUGCUGAAGCGAAGACUGUGGAAGUAGAAGAGGAAAGGACAACAACCACUGAGGAGGAGGCAGAAGAGAGGAGCUCUGAUGAUGAGGAUGACCCUCCAGUUGUGGACAGAAGAGUUCUGAGGAGGAAAACAAAAAUAAUCCAUUCGACGCCCAGGAUUAAAGCUAAAAGACGCAGCAAAACCUAAAAGAGGAUUGUGGACGUUAGAGUCAGCAUUCCAGUAUAAGAUGUGGGUGAAGGGAGAGCUCAAUCUUUAUUUUUAGUACAUCUUUGGGGAAAGUUGAAACUUUUAUAUAGAAAAGAAUGGGGCGGGAACAAAGUUUUAGAUUUUGACAGUUUUCUAUAAUGGAUAUUUAGUGUUUAGCAUUGCUACUUAAAGGCAGUUUUAAAUGUUUAAAAAAAAAAAAAAAAACCAACUUAAUUCCUAAGUUCACUUUGCUCCUUGUUUUUGUAUAGGAAGCAAUGCUACUUUAUAGCUUACAGAAUUUUAUGGCAACUAUAGAACAUUUUACUAUAAAUGUACUGUCAGCAGAUACCUUGUGAAAUGUGGAUACACCAUCAAUGUUAUGAAGCACAAGAAGAAAAUCCCAGGAUUGUAUGAUCAUUGUGACAGUGAAUAAAAGUCUUAAGCCAUGA